CAUUGUUGUGGUGUUGUUGAAGUAAUUUAACCUGAAAUAUCUUAGUGGUGUGUGAAAAGAUUAGCGUUUGUGUUUAAUUCUUUGUGGGCAAAGAAUCUCGUCAAAGUGGGUUUAAAACCUUAUGUGCGGACAAACGAUCACAAAUGACUGAGCAAAAGACUAUGGAGGGACGGCUUGCGAUUGGCGAACGGGAAGUUGGCGAGGGACUUGAAUCUUCCGAAAAAAACUUCGAGGAGUUUGAUUUCAAAUGCGGGCACACUCCCGCAGCAGAUACACUUUUACGGGAAACCAUUAGUCAACUAGAAACCGCGUUACGCGAGUCUACAAAGCUGUUAGCCCAACGGGACAACGAAAUUAACAGUUUACGAAACGAUCUUGAUUCGUGCCGUCGAAAUAGCGAUGGAAACGUCAGCGCCGCCCUUGAAGAGGAAGUAAAGAAUUCUCAGAAACGAGUUCUCGAUCUGGAAAAGGUUAUACAACAGCUUCAACAAGACAUCGCCAUUUACAAAGCAGAGCGAGAGAACAUGCUAACGAAUGCUGAUCAAGUUGAAGAUGAAACUGUCUCGGGACAGACUUGUUAUUGCGGGUCGCUGUGUGGUGCCAUGAAAGAAAUGGUUGAAUUGAAAAAGAAACUGCAAGUAACAGAACAAAAGUACAGCAAUCUCAAACGAGCUUUCAAGAGUUUGGAGCGAAGUAAGGUGAGGGUUGGUGUCGCACAUCGGGAUAGCCCUUGUAAUAUUAGCUAAACUGAAACCGAAGAAGGGACGAAAACUGGGAUACGAAGAAUGACAUGAUUCAUAUAGCCAGUAAAUGAUAUAAUGAUAUAUAAAAUGAAUUCGGGUCUAGCGCAAAGGCAAUUUCUGGAGGGCAAAAAAAUUGGGAUUGUGAUCAAUGACGCUGCUAUAAAAAUUAAACGUUUAAGAUGCGUCCCGGUUAGGCUAAAUUUUAUGCCGCGUGUUUCUUUUCUAAAAUGUUACCUGCCUGAUUGUUUUUUUUCGGCGGGAAAAGGUGGCACAAAUAAGUACUUUUGGCGGGGGGUCGAGUAACACCACCCGCGGCGAAAAAGGAGAAUUAUUGAAGUACAAGUUUUUAUCAAAUUCUAUUAGUUGAUAUAGACUUCCUAGUCCUAUAGACUUGUUGGUAAAAUUGGGUAACCUGUGAAUUUGACACCGAGAGAGAAAAUUUAAUCGAAUGAGUAUUUAAUCACUUCUCACGGAUAGGAAAAACACACGAAAAGUUUAUAUUAUCAGCUGGUGUUAUAUUCAAAAACAAACUAAAUAAGUUUAUUUAUAUUUAGACCUUUUAUGUAACGAGGCCGACAAUCAAGUCAGAUAGUCUAAUAGAAAAAAAACAAACACAAGUUAUUUCUGGCAAACACGGAAGACUAAAAUAAUAACAAUCAUGGUGAGUUCGAGUUGAAUGAGAAUUUGAUAAAAACUGACAUUUUAACCCUAAGCUAGUGACUACGUAAAAGUAUAUUACCGAAAAGUAGUUAUAAAAAGUUGAGAUGUCCACCUUCGAGGGGACUUAACUACAACUUUAUGCAGUUCCAGUCAGGAAUAGCUUUCUAAGCAUAGAUAUCUCCCUAGGGAAUUCACGAGUAAUCUUAUUGGAAGAUGUGACUUGCAUUGAGGAUCAAGUCCCCAAAUACCAGAUUAUACCCGUGUUAGGUUGUUACAUUAAAUAGCUCUCUGCAUACAGAGAGUGUGGAUCGAAA